GGCGCGUUGAUCUUCCUCUCGUCCCCGGCGCCGUCUACCCGACCGUCCUCCUCCCCUCCGCCUGUCCAUACACCCCCCUGCGAUACCCGACACCCGUCCCCCUCCACGCCCGCGUCACCUCUCUCGCGUCACCUCACCCAUCAUGCUCCGCGCCGACGAAGAAGUCCUCCAAUACCUCUCCGCCUUCUCCCUCCUCAUCGUCCAGAAAGCCACCUCCAGCCCCGCCCCCCACAGUGCCGACCAGUUCAUCCUCGACGGCCUCGAACUCGCGCGCCUCUCCGACACCUACCGCCCCCGCCUCGACGCGCGCGAGGACCGCCCGCGCGCGCUCUAUCGCACCUCCCUCCGCCUGCUCCGCGAGAUCGAGAAGGCCGCAAUACGCAUAAUGCUGCGCGCGAUGGGCGCGCCGGUUGACGCGAUCUUCGCGCUGGAGACCAUGGAGGAGGGCCGGCAACUGGAUGCGCGCGACCUGAUGGCGCUGGCGGCACUCCUGAGGGACCCAGUCGGGGAGCUGGAAUUCAGGGGCUUGCGCUGGACGGAUAAUCGUAGCCGGCGGACGCGGGACCCUUUGGAUUUGGACGCGUACGACUUCGACGAGCCGCCGGACAUGUACGACGAGUCGAUGCUUGUGGGUGUGCUGGCGCUCGAGUAUACGAAGGUCGUGAACCAGAGGCAGCUGGAUCUGGAGGAGGAAGAGGACGACAACGACAAUGAAGAAAGCGACGAGGAUGAGGACAUGUCUAGCGACGAGGAAGAUGAAGAUAUGUCCGCCUCAGAUUCAGAGGAUGGCGAGAUGUCCGAAUGAGUGUUCUGCAGCCACCUCACACCUAUGAUACCCUACUACUGGUCCUAUACUUCCUACUAUCGCACCGACACCUACUCUGAACCGACAUACAUACCACCUACAUUGUGACCUACUUUACUCUAAUACUCUUCCCACCACUAUGCUUACACUAGCUCAUACCGUUCGUUUGCUCGCU